GUUAAUGUUAAUUGUACCCAUGCAACAGAAACCUCGAAUUGAGUAAAGUUAGACACAAAAAGUAACAUAAAAUUGCUUUAAAAUGACCGCCAAGCGUAUAACACAGGAUACCUUUGAUGCUGUUGUGAAGGAGAACAUCGAGGAGUUUGAAAUGUCACCAGAGGAGGCGUUAAAUGAUGCAGUGGAACAGUUCAAAUCACAAGGUGUUGAUUUAAUCAACAUAAUUAAAGCAGUUCCAAAAGCGGACGGUGAAAAUGGUUCAUCUAGCAGACAUCCAGUCCUCCAAUCCUUAGAUGAGCUCAAUGAAGUCUUACAAGGAGUCAUUACAGAUGAGAAAACGAUUCAAGCAGCUCUUGGCAAAUUUUCAUCAGAAUGUAGCAUUGACAUUUCUCAUCGUAUUGCGGCAGGCGGCAACAAGGCUUUUCCAACGAUGAAGUAUUUGGUGCAGAAAUAUCGUAAGGAUGCGACGAUGCUGCCUAUUGUACUAGAUACCUUGUCUGCUUUAUUGAACGGCCAACCAGACUUGAUGGAUACAGAGGGAAUCGACAUGCUGUGUAACAUCCUUAAAGAAGAUGUGACAUCAGAAGUAAUCACCAAAUCGUGCGUCAGGACUGUCCGCCUCUCAUGCAUAAUGCAUGAGAUGAAUCGGAGAGGUUUUGUCAAAGCUGAUCUUAUUACAUUAUUAAUGGGAGUAAUUCAAGAUAACAAUCAGUCUAAGGAGGUGAUUAAGGAAGCUUGUGGAGCUCUGCGUGUCUUGACCAAUGAUGAUGAUGUUCGUGUUCCAUUUGGCAAAGCUCAUGAUCAUGCUAAGAUGAUAGUAGAAGCUGGAGCGUUAAAAACAAUUCUAGACACCCUGAAAAUCCACGUUGGAGACGCAUCUGUUGCUGGUGACCUGAGCUUAACUCUUGGGAGGUUAGCCGUACGUAAUGAAUUCUGUCAAGAAAUCGUUGAUCUUGGAGGAUUGAAGCUCGUCCUACAAGUAUUGAAUGAUCACAUCAAUAGUCGGGCUAUUGUGAAGCAAGUUAUGAGCAUGCUGAAGGCUAUAGCUGGGAAUGAUCAAGUCAAAGUUGCCAUCAUGAAUUCUGGAGGAGCUCUAAUUCUUAUACAAGCUGUGAGUCGACAUAUUAAACACGCAGGGGUUUGUGAGGCAGGAUUUGCUGCCUCGGCUGCUAUCACUCUAAGAAACCCAUUACAUUGUACGAUGGUAAUGGAAGCUGGAUGGGCACCAGUUAUUAUACAAGCAAUGCAGAUACAUCCUAAGGUACCAGCUAUGCAGAAACAAGCGUGUAUGGCUCUGCGUAAUCUAGUAGCCCGUUCUCGAGAGUAUUGCUCUGCGAUCGUAGCGCUAGGAGCAGAGGCUUUAAUCCAGGCAGCUAGAGCUAACAGUGACUGUGAAGAUGAAGCCAAAGCUGCUCUAAGAGAUCUUGGGUGUGCUGUAGAUCUUAAAGAGCUAUGGAAAGGAGAGAAGGCCCCUAUGAAUAAGUGAUGAGGUAGGAACUAGAUUACAGUACCUGGAACCAGACUAGACCUUAUCUUAUGUGUGCCAUUUUAAACACCAUUGAAAAUAUACCCUGAACUCCUCAGAAGUGUUGGGGGGGGUAAUUAUAAUGCUGUGACUAUCAAUAAGCCAUGUUUUAAGGGGUCAAAAGUCAUCGAUGAAGGGGUUGGACGUGUAUAACAUCAAAAGGAAAAUUAAGGCUGUGUCUUUAAUAAUGGCUUGGACAGUGGCAGUGUUCUCGCUUAAAAGUGGUCCGCUGGCCAGAUGGCAGAUAAGACACAUGAGGACCAGUCAGAAUUCUCUCCAAUUGAUCCUGUCUGCUGGCUAGUUCAGUGUUAAAAAAAAGCAUGCCUAUUCAAUAUGAAUUAUGAACAAGUGCAAAAGCUGACGGACCAGUAAAAUAAAGGCUAAAUGUUGGAUAUUUCUCUACUCUGACUAAAAAUAUACUGAGUUUGUCUUGAAUCCAUUCAUUCUCAGGAUGGAGACUUUUGUGAUGUAUUGCAAUUUAAUAUUCAUCAACAAAUGUAUAAGCCAACCAUAUUUUACUAAUGCAAAAGAUUGGGCCACUAUGUAUGAGGUUAAAUAGCAGGUCUUAGUCUUUUACUGAAGAGUCAAAUUGUUUGACAACAUGUCUGAUGUUGAUUUAGUACUGGGUAAACACAAACUCAUUUUGAUCAGUAGAAAAGGGUUACCAGCCAGAAAUAUGAUGUCAUUGGUAUUGUUGACUGGUUCCCUGCUGAUAUAUACGCAACGAUUAGUUUGUGAAACUGGUACACGUAUUUGUCCUGAAAGAGCUAGCUCUAUGAAGUUAAAAUUGAUGUUUGCUUGUGCUGCUCUAAUACAGGUCUCAAAAUAUGAGUGCAUUCGAUUAGCUUCCCUGGGUCGACCCUGGUCUGCCCCCGGGGUACGUUCGAAUAGCUUUGAUGUCAUUUCA